AUGGGGAUGCUGGAGAAGGCGCCGAGUCUCUCCGUGUGGGCCCUAGGUACCAUCGCCUGGGUGCUCGCCGCGGCGUUCCUCGUUCUCGUUGCGCGGGGCCUCGCCAAUUGGCUGCGCUUGUGGUGGCGCCUGCGCGAUGUGCCGAAGGCCAAGCCGCAGAAGUCGUCCCUGCUGCUUCUCGACUUCUACAAACAAAUGUCGUCCAUGGGACCUAACGUAGACGUGAAAGCCAUCUUGGGCGACAUAAAGAACACGACCAGGGCCUUCUUUUACGAUAUGCUGAAGCCAUGGAUGGGUGAAGGCAUCGUCACAUUGAAUGACAAGCCAUGGAAAGCCCGUCGGAAGGCUAUGACACCGUCCUUUCACUUCCGUAUUCUUGACGAUUACACGCCCAUCAUGGACAAGAGAGCGGGGAGGCUGGUGCAAAAGCUCGCCACUAUGAGUGGGGAGUACUUCGACGUCUUCCCCGUCCUUCGUGCAGCCGUCUGCGGAGUACUCUUCGACCGCAAAGAGAUGUUGAAGCAUGUGGAAGAGGCGAGAGACUUUGUCAGUGACGUUUUCCGGAAGAGAAUCACCGAGUACCGAAAGGGCUUCAGAGAUCCUGUCUCGAAAAACUCUCUCCUGGAACUUCUUGUCCGAAUGUGCGUCGACGAAGGCACACUCAGUGAAACUGAGGUUCGAGACGAAAUUCUCGGUGCACUAGAAGGGGGCUUCGACUUCACGGCGACAGGCCUCGUUUUUGCUCUCUACCUAAUCGGCCACCAUCCAGAAAUUCAAGAUAAGCUCCGGGACGAGAUCGACGCAGCCUUUGGAGACGACUGGGAGAAGCCGCUCGACCACGAAGCUGUAAAAGGCCUCACUUAUAUGGACUGUGUUCUGAAGGAAGCUUUGCGGCUUUAUCCCCCGGCACAACUUGUAGGCCGCCUGGUCACAAGAGACACAAAAAUUGGAAACCACGUAAUACCCCGCGGCACGCUGGCCAUCAUAGCUUUGUAUUUCCUUCACAGACAUCCCAGGUAUAUUAAGGACCCAGACUGUUUCAUACCCGAGAGGUUCAUGGGUGCAAAAAGCAUGUCUACCUACGCAUAUGUGCCCUUCUCAGCGGGACCGCGCAACUGCCUCGGGCAAAAAUUUGCGCUGAGGGAGCAAAAGAUUAUUCUUACACACAUUCUACGCCGCUUCAACGUCAGCUCCAAAGUUCCUAUGGACAAGCUUGAGUUGGCCAUAAGCAUAGUUCUGAAUCCUGUUCAAGGGAUUGAAUUAAAGUUUACACCAAGGACGCUGCUUUCAUCAAGUUGAACGCAGCAGAAGAAAGGGACAGUUGGACAUACUUGUCAUGUGGUAUGGUACAGUCAUCAUGGUCCUCUUAAAUAUAAUAAAUUCUUCAUUUGUG